AUCCGUAAUUCACGUGCUUAUAUAAAACUAUCAGGAAGAUCAGAGAUGUUAUAGUUAAAAGCCACAGAAAGAGGUUACGUUUUGAAGAAGUGUGUUAGAUUUAUACAUUUGUAUUAAAAGAUUUCGUUCAAAUGGAUAGUUUAGUGGAUGGACGAGUGAAUUUAGACACAUGACAUAUUUAUGUUGGUAAUUUUAUUCAGUAUGUAAAUUGUAAGUUGUCAGAUCUCAGAAUUUAAUGAAGUUGCAGAAAUAAAUUUAAAGUUAAGGAGUUGAUCAUGUAUUUAUAUUUUUUCGAAGUAUCCGAAGAAUCUGGUAUAGACACGUGAAACUUUUAAAAAAUUUAAUGUGGAAAUUUUAACAUGCUGUGGUUUUUUAUUUCAUUUGUAUUAUUAAGAGAUUUGAAAGCACUACGGAAACUUGAAGUUGAUUCAUCGCAUGUGGCAGGCAAUGUCAUAACUUUGAAGAUGAAUGCCUUGUGUGUGUUUGUUUUGCUGUUAAUAAUAGUGGUUGUGAAAGGACAACAAAGAGUUGCACCUGGUGUCCCUCCACAGCAGUAUACGGGACAAGCUCAGGGUCAGCCUCAAGCAGUACCACAGCAUCAAGUUCCUGUUCAGCAUCAAGCUCCUGUUCAGCAUCAAGUUCCUGUUCAGCAUCAGGUUCCUGUUCAACAUCAAGUUCCUGUACAACAAAUUCAGCAGCAGGUUCCAGUUCAACAGCAGCAACAAAUUCCUGUGCAGCAAGUUCAUCAUGGACACCAGUCACCACAACAAGGACAGAUACUUAAUGCAGCCAAUAUUGCACAUGAAAAACAGCACAUCCAAGAACAUAUGGAAGUUCCAAUUGAUACUAGCAAAAUGUCAGAGCAAGAACUGCAGUUUCAUUAUUUUAAAAUGCAUGAUGCUGAUAACAAUAACAAGCUGGAUGGCUGUGAACUCAUCAAGUCAUUGAUUCAUUGGCAUGAACAGGGUCACCAUGACCCUAACAAUCCUGCACCAACUGGGGAGAAAAUUUUCAAGGAUGAUGAACUGGUGCAGCUUAUUGACCCUAUCCUCAACAUGGAUGAUGGCAACAAGGAUGGCUUCAUUGAUUACCCAGAAUUUGUGCAGGCCCAACAGAAAGCAGGAGGAGGUGGACGACAGCCAUCAUGAAUCCACUCUGCAGAUACUGGUGCAGUGUAAACUGGCCAUAAUGUUUGUGUUUUGGAUUAACUGUAUCCUCGUUUUAGGUUAAUAAGGGUUAUGAAAGAUAUUACUCCUUUCUGGGACCAAAAGUAUGGUUCAGUAACGGUUGAAAAUAUAAUAAAAUUUUAGAAUGUAGGCAAAACAAACAUGUUUUAUUUACUAUCCCAAUGAUAUUUUGGCAAUACUAAACUGUAUUAAUUCAUAUGUCCAACCAUCAUGCCUUUUGAAGGCACCCCACAUGGAAUUAAGGCCUUAAACUCAGUACACAAAUAAAAGGCCUUAAAUUUGUUCCCAGGAAAAAGUGAAAAUGAUAUAAAAUUGUCAUGGGUUGAGAUCUCUUGAACAAUUCUUUACACAUUGUUCUACAUUUUGUAUCUCCUGGGUGGUGUGCGGAAAAAAUGAAGAAUAAAAAUGUUUUUCAUCAGACAGUUUCAAAAGAAGUAAGUUGAUUGAUUCUUCAGCAUUGGCCACAAGGUGCUUAAGAUGUUUUCAAGAAACUUCUGUGUCAAGAGACAGAUAAUACAAAUGUGUACAUUCUGCUGUUGUGUUUUUAGACGUGUUAAUGUUUUGAAAGUUCAACAAACAAUGAUGCAAAGUAAUGUUGAGGUUCAGGUUUUGUGUUUCUUUCACUUUGUGGCAUUUAAAUGGCAAGAAAAUCUAAGAAAAGAAAAGGAAAAUCAUUUCUUUUCAGAUGCAUUGAGAACUCAAUUUUUGGCACAGAAUAUUAAAAAAUGUCAUAAUUCUGAGUUGUAAUGUUUUAUAUUGGUGGGAAUGACUGUAAAUUACUGCCUUUUAAAUCACUUUCAAGGCACAUAUAUCUCCAAGUAGAUCAGUUUAAAAAGUAAUAUCUUUCCCAACACCCAGAAGCUCACCCCAGUAUGUAUUGAAGCGUGCAGUCAAAUUCUUACCGCGUGGAAAUGUAAGGAAUAUGGCUUGAUUGAUGGCUUUUUGGUAUGUGCUGUCAUAUGAAGCUCUUAAUUUUCACAUAAUUGUCUUAUAGAAACCGAUUGUCAGAUAAGAAUUCUCCAUCAGACAAUAGCAACACUAAGCCUACAUAGCAAACAUAAUGUAUGAUGAAAGUAAUACUUUUUUUAUUUGUGUUAUAACAAUUUUAUUGAAAUUAAAAAAUACAGAUUUUUAAACUGAUAUUAUCUGUAAGGUUACUGCUUCAAGGAUCAGUAAUGCAAAGAAAGAACUUGUGCCCAGAAGUUUAUGUGAAUUAUACAUGUUCAUGUUAGUUUAACUUGUUGCUGGUAUGUGAUCAUGACCAUAACCAGCCUUUAUGAGUAUUGACAUAAUUCCUUAAUAAAUGCUGUGCAGAAUUUUUGACUGCCAGACCAUUGUAGAUACUGUGUCCACCAUCUGGGCCAGAACAUGAAAUAAAGGAUCCAUGAAGUCUAUAAUAUAUCAUUUACGCUGAACUAGGUUUCAGAAUUGAUAUUGUUUAUUUAAAACAAUAUAUUUAGUAACAGUAGUACAGAUUUGCUAUUGUUAAACUUUGGGUAGCCAGAGCUUAUGUUUUGAUGUUUAGAAACAGAGUAAUGAUAAUUUAGGAGAAUGGCUCUGAGUGUAUAUUGUCUCUGUUGCAAGAAUGUCUGUUGACUGCAA